AUGGAUAUCGAUGAGCCUUUGCUUCUGUUUAGGGCUCAAUUCUUGCAGUGUAUUGACCAUGAUUUCAUCCGCUGGCCACCCAGUGUCCUCCUUCAACAGCCGGAUGCGCAGAGUUUUCUCUCGAAGAAACUCUUCAACGUCUCUAAUCCCUCCUCCCACCCGCCAGCCAGCUACGAGGCCAGGGUUCUUAAGACAUUGAUCGCUAAGAUAGCCAAGUCGGUGGGAUCAAUUGCGGCGAACAACAAAGCUUUAGAGGAUCUUUCCUUCCGACUAGCAUCUCUUCAGUCUAUGUCGCCACAAGAGGGGCCGAUCACCCAACUUGACGCAAACGUCACGUACAACUGCAUUCCUCAAAACUCUCGUCUUGAUACACAAGAAAGCUGGAGACCCCUCACCGUCGUCGAGUCUCGUUCCUUGGUAGCAGGCUCUAAAUUCACAGGUCAUCGCACAUGGGAAGGAGCUCUACACCUGGCUUCCUACCUGGUUUCUAAGUCCGACCUAGUCUUAGGGAAAUCUAUACUUGAGCUCGGUGCGGGUGCGGGCUUCAUAUCAAUCAUGUGCGCCAAAUACCUCGGGGCAGCACGAGUUGUAGCAACCGAUGGCGAUGAACGAGUUGUGAAGGACAUGCGCAGAAACUUGUUAUUGAAUGAACUCGAAACUGAAGAACUCAUAUCUGCAGAGCAACUGGUGUGGUCUCGUGAUCUUCAUGAUAAGAUUAGCGAUGGACCAGGAUUCGACAUUGUCCUAGGUGCUGAUAUUAUAUACGACAAAGGAGCAACUGAAGCUCUGGUGGACACAUUAUCAGCGCUUUUCGAUGCAAUGCCACAGGUAAGCGUUUUGCUGUCCAAUGCAUUCAGAUUUCCCGAUGUAUUUGAGGUCUUCCAAACUGGUUGCGCUCGAAACAAGCUCCGUACUCGGGUUAUUGACUAUAAUAUGACGCCACCGGCGGCGCAAAAGUCGCUCUUCUACACAACGUCAAUGCCCUUACAGAUUAUUGAGAUCCAGCAGGAUCAGCUCCGGAAGAAACACACAGCUGGAUCAACCUUCGAGUAA